ACCCAUCGUCAUGCCGCACUGUCACCUGGACGGAGGGCUGGUGAACCAGAGCCAUAAGACCAGCAUCUCCUUCUGCUCGCCGCUCAAUGUCACCGAACGCCGCAAACCGUGCCGCAGAUUGAGGCCUGCCCGCAAUGACAUCCAACGUCUUCUCGAGGCUCGUCCCCACAAGCCAGGGCCGCUCGUUUUACGAAGAACUCAGACGCCGCGAUGACGAUCCCGAAGACCGGGCCGGCCUACUGGACGAGGAGAAUCUGAAUCAUGAUUUCCAUGACUACGACCUUCAGCAUGCCGAAGGUCUCGGGGUGGAAGAUAGCCGCACAACUCUCGGAGCGCUGCCCAGUCCUGGCCGUGGCCCAACUGAAGGGCGGCCUCACCUGGGUACACGGUCUACCUGGGUCCCGCAGGAUGACGGUGACAAUGAAGUUCCCGCCUCACUGCUCGUUGAGACGGAGGAGGCAGCCCCACGGACAACCCGGGGCCAGUCGGCGGGGAACAAGAGACAGAACCAGGCGGCGGCCAUUCCGGGGUCCUCGAGAGCUCGAGCUCAGUGGGAGGCCACCCAAGCACAGCAGAAACUACACGACGACCGAGCGUUUGAGCCAUCUCGCCGCGGCAAUGGUCUGCCGAGUUCUCUCUUCGCCGGAAUGGUGUCGGGUAGCGCGAAGAAGAAGGCCGAAUGGAGAUGGGCUAAUGUCUCGAACCUCGACACCUUCAUCAAGGACGUCUAUGACUACUAUCUCGGACACGGAAUCUGGUGUAUACUGACGGAAAGGAUUCUGCACCUCGUCAACGUCGCCUUCCUGGCUCUGCUGUUGACCUUCCUCACUCAGUGUGUGGAUUACGGCAAGCUCCGCGGCAGCAAGAGGUUGUCCCAAAUCCUCGUCCCCCAGUGCACCAGAAACAUGUCCGGCCUGUGGAACCUCGGCCUCUGGAUGUUUGCGUUCUACUUCAUCUGGAAAUCCAUUCAGUACCUGCUGGACCUCCGGCGUCUGCUCAACAUUCGCGACUUCUAUCUGUAUCUUCUCAACAUCCCCGACGAGGACAUGCAGACGAUUACCUGGCAGGAGGUGGUGGCACGCAUCAUGGCCUUGAGAGACCACAAUCCCAAAACAGCAGCGAGCUUGACCCCCGCACAAAGGCGUUGGCUUGGCAGCCAGUCCAAGGAGAGGCUCGACGCAUCAGACAUUGCCAAUCGCCUCAUGAGGCGCGAAAAUUACCUGAUUGCGCUAUUCAACAAGGAUCUCCUGAAUUUGACGAUCCCGCUCCCCGCUCUCCGUAAUCGGCAGCUCUUCUCCCAGACCAUGGAGUGGAUGCUGAUGUUCACCAUCCUUGACUUCGUGUUCGACGAGAGGGGCCAGGUCAAUCAGGAAUUCCUGCGAUCGGAACGCCGAGGCGAACUCAGCCGGAAGCUCCGUGCCAGGUUUGUCUUUGCGGGAACCUUGAUUCUCAUUCUCUCGCCAUUCGUCGUCGGCUAUCUCGUUCUCGUCUAUUUCCUCAUGUACUAUCAUGAAAUCCAGCGGAACCCGGCCAUUUUGGCGUCUCGGACAUACACCCCUCUCGCCGAGUGGAAAUUCCGAGAGUUCAAUGAAUUACCUCAUCUCUUCCGGAAGCGGCUCGACAUGUCUCAUCCCUUCGCGAGCCACUACAUCGACCAGUUUCCCAAGGCCAAGACGGAGAUGUUCUUUCGAACGGUGGCGUUCAUCUCCGGCGCUCUUAGCACGAUCCUCGCGAUCGCUUCAGUGGUUGACUCCGAGCUAUUCUUGGGAUUCGAGAUCACUCCGGAUCGAACGGCCCUCUUCUACACGGCGGUCUUCGGGGGCGUCUGGGCGUUCGCGCGAGCCAACAUCUCGGCCGAGAACUCGGUCUUCGACCCCGAGUACGCCAUGCGCAACGUCAUCCAAUACACACAUUACGAACCGGACCAUUGGAAAGACAGACUCCACAGCUUCGACAUCAAGAAAGAGUUCUCGGAGCUGUACAAGCUCAAGAUGGUCAUUUUUCUAGAGGAGAUGCUAAGCAUCCUGACCAUCCCUUUUGUCAUGUUCUCCAGCCUUCCGAAGUGCAGCGACCAGAUCAUCGACUUUUUCCGCGAAUUCACCAUUCACGUGGACGGGCUCGGCUACGUCUGUUCGUUUGCCGAGUUCGACUUCAAAAAGGGGUUUGGAAACGGCAGGCAGCGCGACGGGGGUGAUGUUCGGGACGACUACUACGCUACCAAACACGGAAAGAUGGAGGCAUCUUACUACGGCUUCAUGGACAAUUAUGGAAACUUUGCCCUCAACCCAAGGACUGGCCCGGCGUCACGUCUCCCACCUGGAGCACGGAAUCAGUUCCAUCCUCCGCCGGUAUGGCCGAGCAUCAACUCUGCGCUACCGACUGCCGACCUCCAAGCCUCAAGGAUGGGUCGGGAAUGGCUGAAAGGGGCGACAUCGAAUAGCAAAACACUCCGCUACGGCCCUGCCCUGUCCCAGCCCUCCCCCAUGGCAUCCAUCCUUCUCGAUCCGCACCACCAGCCGCCCAGCCAGAAUCCCGCGGGUCGGGCUACACAUGCGCCACGCCACCGGGGACUCUACCAGGGGAAGAGCAACACCAUUGAAGAGACGCAAGAGGAUGACGGCGAGGUGAGCGAUGCGGGAAGGCGGCAAGCCGACGAAGAGGCGUAUGAGAGCGGCGCAGCUCUAGACGAGUCGGCAUGGCAGACAUCGCCGGCCGCGACAUUAAGCAGGGACAACAGUGCCACCGAAGGCCGUGGGCCGCCGGACGCCGGGGUUGUGCACAUGAUCUACCAGUUCAACCAAGCACAGCUCCACCGCAGGCCCUAGAGGAGAGGCUACAAGCAAGCGCCCUGUAGCCGUCACGGCGAGCCACCAGAGUGUCUAUAUCGGACAAGACAUCAGCGUUCGCCUUUGUUUCCACACAGGAAUGGUCAUAAGGCGGUAAUCGCUGGGUUUUCAUUGCUGCACCAUUUACUGGUGCUUGGA